AAGGUGAAUAUUGCGCCACGUCGGAUGAGUGAAAUUCCAAGGUCCAAAAAUGAUAGUUGGGGUUCGUCUGUCUUUCGACAAACACCAAUCUGCUCGCAUAUUUCACCUCCGAUGGAUCCCACACGAACUGAACGAAUAAUAGCUCGACACAUCCCCCGGUUAAGACGAAUCCUGAAUGAGCAGAAGCAGCUGCUUGGAGGAGGAACAAAAAAGAGUGUUCUGUCCUUAAUUAUCUUCUCAGUCUGCGGUUUGUCUUCCUCUUUUCCUUUGUGGCCUCGCUCUUUCCUCUCAUCCUUCUUCACUCUUGACGGGAGGAGGAAUGAAAGAGGUGGAGGAGGGGGAAUCGACGUACUAGAAAGAGAGCUGAGGCCUGCGAUACGCUCGUCGCUGGAGAUUUCUCCGUGGCUUCUAGGUUGCUAGGUUGAGUAUCAGACCGCUGACAUCAAGAUUAGGGUUGCGUUUCCUCCUCGAAUUGGCCUCUGUGCUUGCUUGUUCUUUGACUCUUAGGUUUUUCCUUGCAUUCUCAAAGGGUAAGCGGAUGCACUGUGGUUAGUCUAAGUGCGGGGACUGAGAUCUGCUUGGGUUUUUGAUCGACCUGACCACUCAUGUUCCGGUUCUUGGAGGUUUUUCUGUUUCUUGAAUUCUUCUGUUUCUUGAAUCUAAAGUCUGACCCCGCUUCUUCUUCUUCCUGUUGGAUCGAAUAAUUCGACAGAUGUACCUGUUUUUUGAUGUGGAAUUUGCUCUGGUACCUAUUACUUGAACACAUGCCGGCGAGCUUUAGCAAUUAAAACUUACCAGUUUCUCUUUGGGUAUCUGCGGGGUUUUGAGAUCUUGGACCUCCGCUGAUGGGAAAAUCUCCUGGAAGGUGGAUUAAGACACUUCUCUUUGGAAAGAAAUCCAGAUCACAUGCUAAGGGAACGGGUACUUCGAAAGCUGCUACUGAUAGAGGGUAUAAUUGUGGAGAACCUGUAUUGGCUUUGAAUUCUCCACUGAUUUCUGAACCAGCACCAGUGAGUGGACUUAUCUCAACUUCGGAAUCAAAAUUAGGUGGUAUUGCACUGGUCACUUCACAUGUAAGUCAAGCAGUCAUAGGAUCCACCUCAUCAAAAGAAACUAGCAAUGACAUGGAAGAGCAGGCUGCUACAAAGGCACAGGCAGCCUUCCGUGGUUAUCUGGCACGCAGGGCCUUUCGUGCAUUAAAAGGUAUUAUCAGGUUGCAGGCUCUAAUUCGUGGGCAUCUGGUUAGAAGACAAGCUGUUGCAACUCUCCAUGCUAUGGAGGGAAUUGUCAAGUUACAAGCAGUAGCUCGCGGAAGAAGAGUUAGAUGUACCUUUACUGGACUUAAAAUUACUACAGAGUUCAGUCAUGCGAAGACUGUGGAAGCUUGGAAAGUGAAAUUUUCAUCAAAUGCAUUUGUAUCGAAGCUUCUUGCGUCAUCACUCCUUGCAAAGUCUCUGCAAAUUCAGUAUGAUAAAGGAGAUCCCAAUUCAGUCUUCAGCUGGUUAGACAGAUGGACAUCCACCAGUUUCUGGCAGCCAAUUUCCAAGUCAAAAAAGGUUAUUGAUUCAAAAGGACAGACAAAUCGGGACAACUGUAAUAUGGGCACUGAAUCUGGCAAAUCAAGGCGCAGUGUACGAACCAAUCCUGCAUCGAACAUAGGAGGUGGUCAAACAAAUGCCAAGUAUGAGCCUGAAAGAACGAAAAGGAACCUGAAAAAGGUGCCUAAUCCUCCUGCUGAAACAGUACAGCGACAUCCACAGUAUGAGGUUGAUAGGGUAAAACGCAACUUGAGAAAGAUGAAAGAUGCAUCUGAGCAACCAGAGGUUGAAACUCAGAAAUCAAAUACACGUUUGAAAAAGGUGGAUAUCAGCUCAUCUGACACCCUAGACCAAGGAAUUGAGGAGUCCAUCGAAAAACCAGAGGAAAAUAUUAAUCCAACACCCAAUGUAAAAGCUGAUACUGAAGCUGCUUUAGUGCCUGUUACAGCUGGACCGGUUGAUGUGCUGAUUGAUGAUAACGAAGACAGCACCCUAGUGGUGAACGGGGAUCUAAGCUUGAUGGAAGAACAGUUCUGCCAUGAAAACCAGAAAACCAGCAAAAGGAGGUCUUCCUUCUCGGCAAAAUCAGAUGCUCCUGUGCUUCCCAGCUAUAUGUCAACAACAGAAUCUGCCAAGGCAAAAUUGCGGGGACAGGUAUCGCCCACUAUUGUAUCGGAGUCAGAUGACAAAAAUGGUUUUAUCCGUCGACAUUCAUUGCCAUCAGAGAUGAGUUCGUCUAGGACAAAGCGAUUAAUCCAAGCUGGUGGCAAGGGGGAAAUCGGCAGAGAUGUAAAUGACAGGGCAAUUAAGGUAGGAUGGAGGCGAUGAUAUUUGUGUGGCGCAGUGCAGCACGUCUUUUAAUAUUUUUUUUUUUUAAUUAAUCGUCACGUGUUAUAUAAACCGUUGUAAACGAUCGGUGUGUGCGGCAUUUGGCCCAUAGGAUGCAUGUAUCGCUUUAGUCGUAAACAUUUGCUUUCUCCCUUG